AUGGAGUUUCAGAAACUUAAGCAGUUCCUAAAAGAUGAAGAGGCAGCCAGGAUCACUGCACUGAGGGAGGAAGAGAAGCGGAAGAGUCAGGUGAUGAAGGAGAAGAUUGAUAAGAUGACAGAAGAGAUAUCAACCCUUUCAGAACAAAUCAGAGCCAUAGAACAGGAGCUGGGGGCUGAAGACGUCUCAUUCCUGCAGUUUGUGCAGAUCAGUGCUGACGUCUCAUUCUCUGUCCCUUCAGCUCCUGUGACUCUGGACCCAAACACAGCACAUCCCUACCUCUCACUGUCUGAGGAUCUGACCAGUGUGAGAUGCAGUGGUGAGAGUCAGCAGGUUCCUGAUAAUCCAGAGAGAUUUGAUAUGGGGCGGUGUGUGCUGGGCUCUGAGAGAUUCAGCUCAGGGAGACACUGCUGGGAUGUAGAAGUGGGGGGUGAGGACUGGGUGGUGGGUGUGGCUAAAGAGUCCAUCAGCAGGAAAGGGCCUGUGGAUCUGAGCCCAGCAGGAGGAGUGUGGGGUAUAGAGCUGCUCGAUGGGAUAUACGCAGCCCUGAGCUCCCCACCUACAGCCCUCACUAUGUGGAGGGAACCCCAGAGGGUCAGAGUGCAGCUGGACUGGGACAGGGGGGAGGUGUCAUUCUCUGACCCCAGUGACAACACUCCUCUCUACACUUUUAAACACUCCUUCACUGAGAGAGUGUUUCCAUUCUUCUGGCCUGAUUCUCUGCAGAUCUGUCCACUGAAGGUGUCUGUGAGAGUGGAAUAGUGCUGUGGAGCCUGC